UGAACUCCUCAUCUCCCCGGCAUCAUCUACACCGCGCGCACGCCCAAAUCAUCAUUACACGACUCUACAGCUGCGAUACCCUCAUACAAGCUUUUUUUUUUUGCGCACACAAAGCAUUCCUCUACGGAUUCGCAAGUCUAUGCUUGAUACUACAGUCCUCUUGGCCGCUUUCCUCUUAGCCAGCGCAUUCACGCUCCUCCUCGCCGCAAUGCUUUACCCAUCCGCCCUCCUCCGCUGGUUCCAGCGCAAGAGGUACCAAUACGAAGUCACAUUCUCACUAUACAUGUUGACUUCGACCGAGAAGUUCAUCUUCAACUCGGUACUCUUUCUCCUCCUCUCCCUUCUCAUAAUCGCCGCGUCGCUGUACCUCCCCGAACACCUGACUAUUAUCGCGAACCGCAUGUCUUACUAUCUUUCUGGCAACCGCGACGCGCUUGCCAAUUCCACACCGAAAGAUGUCGGGAUGCCGAAUGCGCCGUUGGGCGCGGGUGCCAUGGGGAAUGGGAGGGGCAUGAUGGAGUUGUAAGGAUGGAAUGUCAACAGGGGGAUGGUAGGGCAGAGAUAUGGGCUUGAGACAUCGAUUCUCGAACGUUGAGCAUAUGUGCAUAGUGACGGGGCGCAAAGAGGCGUUAUAUCUGCUUUUCCGUCGGACGAGCCAGGGCAUGAAUUAUAGACGUACUAGAAGUAUAGUAAUGUUAAUAACUACAUCACAAGG